CAUAAAAGUUCAAAACUUCAGAGCAGGCAGAGGCAUUAAAACCUUAAGCCCUUCUCCUCGAUCGCAGCAAGAAACACAGCCAAAUGCUAGAUUCGUCGACAUGGCAGCAAAAACCUCCAUUGCCAAAACCAUAACCAAGCUUUAUUAUUCUAGCGGGUCCCAUUCUUCUCACCGCAAACAUCUGGCCCCACUCUCACUCUCUUCUUCCUUCUCCAGCUCCUCCCCUGCCGAUGCUUCCUCAGCAGCCGAGUCUCUAUCAACCAUCUCUUCACAAUCUCCAGAGAGGGAAAGGUCGAGAUUGUCGAGAUGGUUGCUGUUUCUUCCUGGAGCUAUCACUUUUGGCCUUGGGACUUGGCAGAUUAUCAGAAGGCAAGAGAAGAUAAAAAUGUUAGAUUAUAGACGGAAGAGGUUGGAAUUGGAACCUUUAAACUUGAGCAAUGCCUCUCCGUCAAGUCAAGAAUUGGAUCAGUUGGAGUUUAGGAGGGUGAAAUGCAAAGGUUAUUUUGAUGAGAAAAGGUCAAUCUACGUGGGCCCUCGUUCAAGAAGCAUUUCCGGCGUGACUGAAAACGGUUACUAUAUCAUCACACCUCUUAUCCCGAUCCCUGAAAAACCGGAGAGUGUGCAGCCACCAAUUUUGGUCAACAGAGGAUGGGUACCCCGAAGUUGGAAAGAUGAGGCUUCAAAAGUUUCAAAAGAUGGUGAACAACCUUCUGAUAUAAACCGCUCGUCUGUCCAAGAGACUGAAAGAAGGUCUUGGUGGAGGUUGUGGAGCAAGAAGCCCGAAGUUGUUGAGGAUAAGAACCCUGCUGUUGCUCCUGUUGAAGUCGUUGGAGUAGUUCGAGGGAGUGAAAAGCCUAGCAUAUUUGUUCCACCAAAUGAUCCAAACUCCGGUCAAUGGUUCUACGUUGAUGUUCCUGCAAUUGCUCGUAAGUGUGGACUUCCUGAGGAUACUGUUUACAUUGAAGACGCAAAUGAAAAUGUGAAUCCAAGUAACCCUUACCCGCUUCCAAAGGAUGUCAGUACCUUGAUUCGGAGUUCUGUCAUGCCUCAAGACCAUCUGAAUUAUACUUUGACAUGGUAUUCCCUCUCUGCAGCAGUUACAUUCAUGGCUUUCAUGAGACUAAAACCGAAAAAGAGCCGGAGAUAGCAGAUACGCAAGAGAUUCAGGUAGCCAUACGAGAGAAUUUGAUGCCCCGUAACAUUGAGCCGUCGAGUCAAUUUUGUUUAUCGAACUGUUAGAUUCUUGAUGAUUGGAAACUGGAAAACAUUUCCGGUUGGAUAUUGGCUGUUUUUAUCAGUAAACCGCUCGUUCCAAGCUGAAUUUUCGCAGCCAAGGACAAUAAUGUUUUCGCUGUUCGUGCUGCCCGCGUAGCGAAGAUAGCAGCGUUACGAGGGAGGGCCGAUGUAAAAUAAUGAUCAGAAUUCUUUAGUACCUUUCUGUUUGGAGGUAUUCUUUGUUAACUUCGUUCAAUCAUACUUUCGCAUUGUUGUGUUUA